AUGAAAGCGACGCUUGUCCUCUACUCCGAGGCGCCAGCACGGCCCGAGCGUCCCGGGAGCUGCAGGGCACGUCACUCAGCAUCCCACCGCACCCCAGCCCCACAGCUCCGGGUGUCCCCAGCGGACGCCGAGGGGCCGGCGGCGGCCGCCCAAGUUCGGGGACUUGCUGGGGUUGGUUCGCGCCGAGCACAAGUGUGCGCCGCGUCCCCCACGCGGGUGCCCCCAGACGCCCCGGGGCCCGGGCCGCGCCCCCCGACUGCGCGGCGGGGCGGCCCGCGGGCUCUCGGUGGUCGCGGCGCAUUUGGCGGAACGCCGGACACCCCGCGGACCGCCGCCGAAGCCUCGCGCCCGCGUGUCCCCUCGCGCCGCCCGCGGCCCGACACGCAGCCACAGACCUGCGGCCUCAGCCGUCCUGGCGCGCGGCUCCGGGCUGGGAAGGAGGCCGGCCGGCCGGGGGGCGCCGAGGGCCUCGGGGGCGGGGCCGCAGGACAGCCCGCAACGCGCCGCGAGGACAGAGAGGACCAGGCAGCGGCCACCGGACAGCAGCGGAGCUUCGCGCGACACCCGAGAAAUGGGCAACCGGGGGGCGUCCGCGGCCCCGAGAAAGGGGCGCGCCGGGGAGGCCGGGCCGCCGCGGCCGCACCCAUAGGUCCCGGGAGCCGUCCGUCAGCGCGAGCCCCCGCCCCUUCCCGGGGCGCCCCGCCCCGUCUCGUGCGGCGCCGGCCGGAAGGAAGCAGCGCAUUUCCGCUCGCCGCUCCGGCCCCGCCCCCCAGGUCGCGCGGCGGCCACCACGGAGCUCACCGCCCACCGACUGGCAGUGCUAGCGUUGAGCCUCCGAGGCUGCUCUUGGCCCCGCAGACUAACGCCGGCCCCAGGCCAGAGCGAGAGGUGGCGGCUCAGGGGGAGGAGGAGCCCGGCUCCGAGGAAGGGUCGCCUCAGGAUACCGUGGAAAUGACGUUGUGGGGCUUAAAAGACGUCCCAGUUUCAGCCUUAGCCUUUCUUGGAUUGCUCACUUCGGGGCCCCCAGCCACCGUGUUGUGAGGACACUCAAACAGCCAGUGGAGAAGGCCACCUGGGCUGCACCCAGCCUCUGGCCAGCAACGAGCAUCACCUUGGAGGAGGGUCUGCCAGCUCCAGGUCGGCCUUCAGAUA